AUGUUACACGGCCUACUUGUCGAGAUACAGUGGCACUGUGGUUACCUCAACAGGCACCGUGACUUCGACGGUCACGAGCACCGAAACCGAGAGAUUCCAGACCAGCCGUCAUGGACAGGUAGCACUAAAACCGUGACCAGCCCAACCCCGACAUUCACCAUCCCCACCACUCUAGGGGCAACCAGCACCACCUCGACCUUCGCCUUGACCAGCACGGUCCAAGCAUUUAUGUUGUAUGCGGCAUGUCUGAGUCCCAAUGUGGCGGGCACGGUGUACGGCGAUGGCAUUUCCGGCGUGAUCUCUGACCCUGGCUCUGGGAUCGUUAACUUUGCUGGGGUCACAACAGACACCGCCGAAGACAACUGCUGCAUGUCGUGCAUCACCCACCCAAACUGUGCCAUCGGCAGCUUCUUCGCCCCACAUCCGGCCUGCGAUGAGUACCAAUUAAUCGUCGCCAGUGACGGUACCGCCUGCAUCACCCCGGGCCAGUAUGACUUCCCGGCUUUGGUAAAUGGUGACGGACCUGAUAGUGACGGCUUCGACGGCAAUUGUGCUGAGGUUGGCGGUGUCGAUUAG